AUGGAUUUCGCCACAGGGCCUCUGGGCACCCUGCUUUCUAAACUCGGCCAGCUGCUCCAAGAUGAGUACAACCUUCAGAAGGGAGUGAAGAAAGACAUCGAGUUCGUCACGAGAGAGCUGGAGAGUAUGCGUGCCGCCCUCCGCGAUGUCGGAGAGGUGCCACAGGAGCAGCUCAAGGAAGUAGUCAAGAUCUGGGCUCGGGAUGUUAGGGAGCUCUCCUACGACAUGGAGGACAUUGUUGACACGUUCCUUGUGCGUGUCCAGGGCUCUGAGCCUCCCAGCAAAAGGAGUGUCAAAAGGUUCAUCAAGAAGAUGACAAGUAUUGUGAGCAAGGCCAAGACUCGCCAUGAUAUCGGCCAAGAGAUUAAGGACAUCAAGGAGCGUGUCAAGGACGUGGCCGAGCGACGUGACAGGUACAAGGUUGAUGCUAUUACUCCUACCAAAACCUCAGUUGACCCUCGCAUAACAGCUCUGUACACUAAAGCGGCUAGCCUUGAAGAUGGCAUGUCAUCGGCUGAACAAAGGAUAGUCUCUAUCGUUGGCUUUGGAGGACUAGGCAAAACAACGCUUGCCAAAGCAGUACAUGAUAAGAUUAAACCGCAAUUCAAUUGCACUGCUUUUGUAUCGGUGUCACGUGAUCCUGAUAUUAUAAAAAUUUUCAAGGACAUGCUUUAUGAGCUUGAUAAGAAUGAAUACAUGGACAUUCACAAUGCUGCAUUAGGUCAACAGCAUCUUACUGACGUUGUGCAAGAAUUUCUCAAAAAUAAGAGGUACCUCAUUGUUAUUGAUGAUAUAUGGGAUACGAAACCAUGGGAGAUGAUACGGUGUGCUCUACCUGAGAAUGGCCUGAAAAGCGGAGUACUCACAACUACCCGUAUAAUUGAUGUUGCAGAGCAUGUUGGUGGUUGCUAUAGGAUGAAACUUCUUACUCAAGAGAGCUCUAAAAUCUUAUUCUAUGGACGAAUAUUUGACUCUAUAGACAAGUGUCCUCAACAAUUUUCUGAUGUAUCUGACAAAGUUUUGAAGAAAUGUGGAGGUGUUCCAUUAGUUAUUGUUACCAUAUCUAGCUUGCUGGCAAAUAAGUCAAGAAAUAUAAAUGAGUGGUACAAUGUGUGUGAUGCAAUUGGUACCGGAAUAGGAAAGAAUCCCGGUAUGGACGAUAUGAGGAAGAUAUUGCUGCUUAGCUAUUAUGAUCUAACUCCUCAGCUGAAGACAUGCUUAUUGUAUCUAAGUCUAUUUCAAGAAGAUUGUGAGGUUAUAAAAGAUAGGUUGAUUUUGAGGUGGAUAGCUGAAGGAUUUGUCCAACAAGGAGAUGUGAGGCAAAGCUUAUUUGAGAUUGGACAGAGUUACUUCAAUGAGCUUCUAAAUGAAGCCUUAUCCAGCCAGGAGACACAUCGAUGA